GUCAAAAGUGAAUUUCCACAACAUCCCCAUUGUGACGAUAGCCAAUUGUAUACCCAUCUAUGUGGUAGAAUUGGGGCCGUCGCUAGAGUAGAGCCUAAGAUCGCUGCGACUAGAAGAUUGACGCUCGUAAACAAAGGUCCACCAUUUGUCCCAUAACCGAGAUAUACUCCUGGACCACGUUAUCAUCGAACAUAUCUGGCGCAGAAACGGAACGAAUGCCACCAGCAGUGUUGCUAGUCGUCGUUGCUGAGAGCGUCGUUCACAAAUGCGCCGUCAUCGUCUGCACGGAGCGUUUCGAACCCAAUACCACCGGUGCCUGCUACAACGGUUGCAGUAACGAAGUCAUAAAGAGCCACUUUAACCCAUUUGGCAGCUGUUUAUCUUCCAAAAGUUUGUGCUCCAGAGACGUAGUUGACACAAGGCAUUAUGGCAUCAACAAACCCAGAAUUGAAUGCGCCGUGUGUCUGAAUCAAAAUUUCCUGGAGACGAGAUGAAGUUGCGCCCGGCUACCAGAGUGAUGCGUGGACAGCUUUGACGGAAAACAGCGCUGCCCAGAUGGUAGACUUCAACUGCCUUAUUGCGAUGUUAUGCGGCUAGAAAUGUGCUUGGUGAUGCUUGGUGGUGAAAAGACAUAAGGAGAUUCCAAAAUCGGUUCUUCGGCAAAUAUGGUAGAUUCGAUAAGAACGAACUUGUUAACAUGGCAUUAGUUCUGCGAAUGCUAACAGCAUUACCAAGAUUCAUUACAAAUGACUCCGAAAUAUUGAAACUUAAAAAAAGCAGCGGAGGUGGAGUCUGGGUGUUCCAACUUUGGGCCUUUCGCACGUUGUGUGAAGACUCAUGGAGUCGGUGCCACACUUCCGGAGACAUUGAACUGCAU